UAGUUGGUGAAAAUAGGUGGUAGACGGGCGAAAAAUCUCGCAAUCACAACGCUGCUUCUGGAUUGUGCUUCAGCAACCAACGGUCAUUGUAAUUUCCGGUUGCUAGACACCCAAUCUGCGAUUGACAACAGUGCGCAAAUUUAACAAGAGAUGUCUUCAGCCGCUUUGCAGACCGCCCCUCAUCAACCAACUUCAAUAGGAUCGCAAUCACCAGUUGCAGCACCAUCAUCCUCGGGGAGGCCUUAUACCUCCGGAUCGCAGCAACAGUCUCGAGACCCCUACUACAAUCAAAAUACCACAAACACCUCUCCAUCAUCGGCACGGAAACCAGCUCGAAGGCCGAGCGGCAAUGGCGCAUCUACAAACACACCUCCUCAGCCUCAGUACAGUUCACCUUCGGUAACGACAAACUCGGCUCCCAUAAACUCUCGCACCACUAAUCCCUCGAACCACACAUCCCCGACGACCGCCACAGCUGCUGCAGGCUUUUCUUCAAUGGCUGCGGGUGAUCAUCAGCGAGGGAUGCCCCCAGUUGUCUCGGAAAGAACAUCUUCAAAUAGACCGAACCCAGCAAUGGCGGCUGCAUCUUCGGCAGCAAAUCGUAGCUCGAGUUCUAGACGGGGUGAAAACACGAACGAGCAGAGGGCAAGGGAUUCUCCACGUCGGGCACAGUCACAAGAGGACCAAUAUUUUGAAAGGAGGAAUAUACCAACUAAUGGGACGGGAAAUGAGGAUGCUGCCAAUGCGGCAACCCGUGCCAGACGUCGAGCUCAACAGUCACCUGAAGCUAUACCACACAGGCCGAAUGGAACUCGGGAACAGAGACCUGGUCAAUCCUCCAAUACACAAAGUAGAUCACAUCCAGCGGGUACGGAUUCGCCCGCAGGCCUGUCUCAUGAGGCAAGUGAGGUAUUAAAUCGUGUGUUGGUUACCGAUCCCAAGGUUGAUUUGGGGCGUGAGAGAGAGCGAAUGGCGGAGGCGGCACCCAUUGCCACUCUAGCUCCUCCGGUGAUGGAAGAGGCUCCUCGGCAGCAGAGAUCACGUCACGAUCACACAGCAAACUCCGGAAAACGAGAAAAGCACAGUAAAUUUGGAGAGUAUUAUCUGGGCAACACGCUUGGUGAGGGAGAAUUUGGUAAAGUGAAAAUGGGCUGGAAAUCAGAAGGUGGUGUUCAAGUAAGUCUAUGCUGAAUAUCGUUUCGAUCUCAUACUAAUCAUCAUGUCAAAGGUUGCCAUCAAACUCAUUCGCCGCGAUAGUGUAGGAACGAAUCCCACGAGGCUUGCGAAGAUAUAUCGAGAAAUCGCUAUUCUUCGAGAGAUAUCACACCCGAAUAUCGUUCAACUGCAUGAAAUGGUUGAGACAGAAAGGCAAAUUGGAAUCAUUCUGGAAUAUGCUUCAGGGGGAGAACUCUUUGACUACAUUCUCAACCACCGCUACCUCAAGGAUAAUGCUGCUCGUCGCCUCUUCGCCCAAUUGGUUUCCGGCGUUGGAUAUUUACACAAGAAGGGAAUUGUGCACCGAGAUUUGAAGCUCGAGAACCUCCUACUCGACCGGAACCGCAACAUUAUCAUUACAGAUUUUGGUUUUGCAAACACUUUUAAUCCCGACGAUGAGCUCGGAGACGAGAUCGAAUAUAAUCUAUCUAGCCGUGACUAUGUCAAGCGUAUGGAAUUGGAUAAGAUUUUGCCUGGCGGUUCGCGGAGAGGUGAUUUGAUGCAAACAAGCUGUGGAAGUCCGUGUUAUGCAGCUCCAGAGUUAGUCGUGAGUGAUUCGCUGUACACUGGCCGCAAGGUCGAUGUAUGGAGCUGCGGGGUAAUAUUGGUAAGUCUUGGUCACUGCACCUGUUAAUAAUUUUACCGCUAACAUGAAUGCAGUAUGCAAUGCUUGCAGGAUAUCUACCUUUUGAUGAUGACCCAGCCAAUCCCGAAGGCGACAACAUUAAUCUCCUUUAUAAGUACAUAGUUUCGACACCACUUACAUUUCCCGAAUAUGUCACACCGCAUGCUCGAGACCUUCUCCGCCGUAUUCUUGUUCCAGACCCACGCAAACGUGCAGAUUUAUUCGAGGUUGCCCGACAUAGUUGGCUAAGCGAAUAUGCACAUGUUGUUGGCUUUAUUACUAGUAGCACCACAACUACUGUGGAGAUUGCAAACACCACGGUUCCUUCUGAUGAACCGCAGGAGGCUCCGCUCCUCGCUAGAAGUGCUUCAGUUCGGGAACCCAAACCGCAAAAGGCGCCGGCGGCUGUUGGUGACCUUAGUCGGAAACAUGGCCAUGUGGACCAAGAUGGAGAAGAGGCACCUGGCAAAACUUCGAAAGACAACAAGAGAAGAACUGUACAAGUCGAAUAUGUGGCUCCAAGGUCGCAGACACAAAGAGGCGAGCCUUCUACCAACCCGUCUGGUGCUCAAUCUGGUUCGAGAACACGCGCUCGUGCUGGUAGUCAAGGUCCAGUCGAGAUUUCUGGGGCUGCUCAGGCUGCGAGAAGAAAUGUACCCACAGGAGAAAAGCCGUUAUCUCAGGAUCCUUCAUUGACGAGAGAUGCUCAAUAUGCAACCUCGGCAAGAAGGCCGGGAAGCUCACAGCGACAACAAGGUAUGGCUCCACCUGCUCGAACUACUCGAGAACAUGGUGCAACAUCAGAAAUUAAUCACAUGGCUCCAGUUACUGCUCAACCCUCUAUCGCAAGGCCAAACACCGGCGGUUCCAUGACUUCUAACAGGUCUGGAUCUAUGGGUUUCCCGACACGCGGCUCGUACAGCCAACCUGUGGCGCCAACCGUCGCUGGAACUAAUGCUCAUGGCCGUAUGUCUCAACCUCAACCAAAGAGUUCGAGGAAUUACAACAUAUCCCCUCCUAUGGUGCAAGGCGAACAACAAACCUUCGAAUACCCUGCACAAGCCACUACCCAACCAAUAGCUCCUAAAUUUGCCAAGGUUGCUGGCCUUCCGGCGGCAGCUGGAAAUGCACCAUCUGAUGCUAGCAAAACUCACAAGAGGUCAAACACAAUCGGUGGCAUAUUCAGCAGAACAAAUUCGCUGUUCGGCGGUAAAUCACACUCUGAAAAAUCAUCAGAGAAACCGAAGAAGUCAUACCCACCAGUCAGCAUGUCAAAUGCCAAUAUCACAAAUGCCGAUGAUUCGAGGCAGUCGAUGGACUCUAGGCGCUCUAUUUCUUUUGGUUUUGGCAAGAAGAGGAGCGGCAGUAUAACUGGGCGAUCUCAAACUGGUUCUCAAGAGAAGGCAUCAAGAAGAUUUUCCCUUCUUCCGGCAUCGUUCUCUCUCAAAUCCAUCGGCAUUGGUAAAGAUCCAGGUACUCCGCCCGCUAGUACCCCGACCGAUGGCCACUAUGAGCAAUUCCCUGAAACCCAAGGUAAUCAUCUUGAUGCUCCGCAGGACAAUAGGGAAGCAAGGAAUCUUAGCGGGAGUACUGCAAAUUAUCAGCAUGUUGAUGGGUCUUAUGCCGCUAACCCUGCCCAACAAGAAAGACAACCUUUUGCUCAACCACAACAGCAAAAUCCAGAUUCCAGGUUGGUUGGUCCACCAGACUUCUUGCCACCCAUAAACUACCGCCAAGAUGAAUCGGCACUAACGACUGACUCUGAAUCUUCAUUCGGUCAAAGUCGACGUGGGCCUUAUCCAAAUGAGAAUAAUACCUCGUAUGAAGAUUCACGACGACCGGCAGGACGCAAUGCUAGAGGCGUAUUACAAAAGAACAACCGGAAGUUUGCCGAUGCUUAUGAUCAGGAGCACGCACACAAUGACCAUGGAGGUAGUAGUGGCGCAGCUAGAAAGGUCAUGGACUUCUUCCGAAGACGUGGAAAGGCUCGUGGAGAGUGAAAGUAGGCUCGAGAUAACAGUGCUUUUUAAAUGAUAUCACUUCAACAUAUACACGACAAUAGCUUUGCUCAAUUCUGGAUUAUGCAUAAGCUUUCAGCGAAAGCCUCAGACAAUAACUUGCCAUUCAGCUUUUGGUCUGAUUGAUAGCAAGUUUGCUUUCAUUUCUCUAGAACGGCUUGGCGGGCCUGCUGGAUUUUGGUAUGGGAGGAUGAAAGGUGUGUGGACAGGCGUUCUCUUGCAUUUUAUCAUAUGGUUCGCUUGCUAUAUUUUCGCGCUCAACUCGACCUCUACCUCGAUUUGUGAAUUGUGAUCUCGUCAUCGAUGGAUGGGGACUUGGCUCUUUAUUUUACUUCGCCGUGGGUAAGAUUAUAUCUUUGGGUUAUUGGAGUUGAAUUGAGUAGCAUUUAUGCUUCUUGAUUGUGAAGAGUAGCCGAAUAGUUUAUUUUCUCUUACCUUUGGCUUAAAGUUGUUGUUUCGCUUUUUAUUUUCUCUUCUCUAUUAAUUUGGUGAUCUUGGUUUGGUUGGGGGGCUGGGGGUUGAAGGGAUUGGAGCGGCAGGGACUUGGGAUAUCUUAUUUGAAUGGUGGUAGUGGUGA